AUGUAUCUCAAACGUUCCUGUGGUUACAUUCAAAACCUGAUGGAAAUGGUUACUCACCCUGGAUCAUCCACACCCAGUUCAUCCGCAGAAUCCUCAUCCAUAGAGACCGAGCUCCGUACUUUCCUGGUCCCGUUGAUAUGCAUUCCACGACCGACCAUUUGCCCAGUCACACAACUAGCCAUGGGCACUUGUGUUCUCAGUCAGACAUUCGCAUGGGAGUGUUCGCUUAUUGUUUGUUCGGCGAUCGGAUUGGUCGAGAAAGGUGCGGUUUUCGUCUGA